AUUUUACAAAAGCUAGAAAAUAAAUCGCAAGGGAAUGCCCAAGUUUAUGUGUCUUGACUUUUUUCUUUUUUGCUCGAUGCUAAAUGAUUAUGCUGUUAACCUUAAUAGAUAACCGGUUUGCGUUGAAUGAGUGUUUUAAAGUGAAUACAAUACAAUCACUACACAAAUCACAACAUGAUUAGUUAAUCAUUGAUGGCCGAAUGCCUGGUGGUAAAGAUAUGACAUUCUGGUAAUCGAUACCCGUCUCCCAAAAGCGUUGACCAAUUUGUGUUAAAGUUCGUUGGACGGUCGCAAUGGCUGGUGGUGUGGUCGAAUUGGUCUUCCACUACUUGGAAAAAGGCGUUGUGCUUGUUUUAGCCGAUAUGCUAAGCCUAAUAACGGUCUCAAGUUGUCUGUUUAUUAAAGUGCCACAGAUAAAUACCAUCCGGAAGGCAAAGUCUUCCAAAGGGAUAAGUAUCGUGGGAUUAUGCUUGGAGCUUUUUAGCUAUACGGUGAUGUUAUCUUAUAACUACACGCGAGACUAUGAAUUCCUCUCUUAUAUGGAAUACCCUGUACUGCUCUUGCAAGAAUAUGCCCUCAUUUAUUGGGCUUUCAAAUAUCAGGAUCUUCUAGGCAACCGAACACAAUUUUUUUCGAUCAUCUAUGUGAUAAUUGCAACACUUAUAUAUCUGAAGCUGUUUCCCAUUAUCAUUUUAACAUUCCUAGUGCCGUUCUGUACGCCUAUUGGAGCGACAAGCAAAGUUCUUCAGCUGAUGGCUAUAUUAAGGACCAAGGAUGCCAGCUCCGUUAGUCGCACAACCUGGGUCUUGUCCGCAUUUACCAACAUGACACGUAUUUAUACCGUUUACGUACAAUCGUUUGACAAGAUGCUGCUAACCAACUUUUUUAUAUCAACGCUCCUAAGCGCUUCUGUGUUUGUUGCUGCCUCUAUCUAUAAAAAGCCUAAGAAGGCGUAAGCCAACCGGAUAUUUAAAUAAUUGUCUUUCAAGCACAUCUAUUUGUCUUUACUUGUUAAAUUAUAGCGUCUACCGUGAAGUAGAGGAGUAAUUAA